CCUCUUCCUCCUCCUCGUCGUCGCCGUCGUCGGUGCGCGCAGCACCGCGCGUCGCGGUAAUAUUUUGUAUUGCGCGGGCGGCGCGCUCGCUCGCGCCGCGACGCGACACGACGCGAGGACGUUACGACGGGCCGAUUCGGACGGACGAACGGUGCCGAACGUCGCGCUCGCGCCAGUCCCGGCUGGCGGCGAGAGGAGGUGCACGCGUGAGAAAACGGAGAGACCGUGCGUGCACUUUUCGGUGUCGCGUGGGACGAGGAGACGAGGCCAUGGACUCGUGGAUGUACGACGUGGUCUGUAUGAUGUCUGAUGCUACUACAGAAAGCAUGAUCGGGAAUAACAGGACGAUGCCUAACAUCAAGCAGGAAAUCGAUAACCCAACAACGCCCACGCAAAAUUAUCAAGUGUGCUCGCCAACCACGACUCUUCAGCAUCAAGAGUCAAUAUGCACGAAGUUGGACAUCACGGAUUACGGCGGUAGCAAUGGUAGUCCCGAGAGUCCAGAGAUGCAUCACUGUUCCUCGACGACGCAGCCAUUGGGAACUCCAGAGGACGGCGUUAAGGAAGAAGAUAUGAUACCCAGGAGGCUUUGUCUUGUCUGCGGUGAUGUUGCGAGCGGUUUUCAUUACGGAGUGGCCUCAUGCGAAGCGUGCAAGGCUUUCUUCAAGAGAACUAUACAAGCUGGUAAUUUUACAGGGAACAUCGAGUACACUUGCCCGGCGAACGGCGAGUGCGAGAUAAACAAACGAAGACGUAAGGCCUGCCAGGCGUGUAGAUUUCAGAAAUGUCUGCGGCAAGGAAUGCUGAAGGAAGGCGUGAGAUUGGAUCGUGUUCGAGGCGGUCGACAAAAGUACAGAAGAUCCACGGAUCCUUAUACGCCGGUCAAGAAUGCUACGCUAGAGGCUAACGUAGCGUCUACGGCAGCUCCUACCGAAACGAUAAAUAACAAGAUGGUUGAAGCUUUGGCGGCCUGCGAACCAGACAUGCUUCAGGUGUCCAAUACUCCGAACACACUGGAGACCGAUCAGAGAGUCCUCGGGCAAUUGUCAGAUCUGUACGACCGAGAAUUAGUCGGCAUAAUCGGUUGGGCCAAGCAGAUCCCGGGGUUCGGUAGUUUAGCGCUGAACGAUCAAAUGCGGCUUCUGCAGAGUACUUGGGCCGAGAUAUUAACCUUCACCCUAGCGUGGAGAAGUACGCCUAAUACUGGCAGAUUGAGGUUUGCGCAAGAUUUUACAUUGGACGAAAGACUCGCGCGCGAAUGCCAUUGUACAGAGCUCUAUACACACUGUAUACAAAUCGUCGAGAGGAUCCAGCGACUGGGUUUAACGCGGGAAGAAUAUUACGUGCUGAAAGCGCUGAUACUAGCAAACAGUGACGCUAAAUCUGACGAGCCCCAGGCGCUCUAUCGUUUUCGAGAUUCGAUCUUAAAUUCCCUGUCGGAUUGUGUGGCAGCGGUGAGACCGGGCCAAGCACUCCGCGCCACGCAAAACAUGCUGCUAGUGUUGCCCAGUCUCAGACAGGCCGAUGGGAUCGUCAGACGUUUCUGGUCCGGUAUAUAUAAAACAGGCAAAGUACCGAUGAACAAGCUCUUCGAGGAGAUGCUGGAGAACGUUUGCGCUCGAUGAGAUACAAUGUGGUUGUUGCAAAUUUGGUAACUCGACCGCUCGUCGCCAGGAUCAUGCCGUUCUUUAUUGUAAAUUGACGAUGCUCGCCACCAAACGUGAUUAUGUAUUAUUGUACAUCGUUAUUUCGGACACGGUUUUCUUUUCGAUGUGCCAUUGCGCUGUCGAAGAUACCAGUGAGUGAUAGUGCGCGGGAAAAAACGGAGUUUCUCGGUCCUUCUGCGAUCCUUUUUUUAUUUUCUAAUAAACUUGUGGGUUUUUGGUCUUUUUUUUUUCUUUCUUGUUGCGUGCGAAGAGGACGUUGAAAGUGAAAAUUCGGACAGUAUCUCCGGCGAUCACAGACAUGUGUAGUCUUUGUUUGAAGUAUCCAAACUUUCCUUUUCGAGUACCCCAUUUACAGGUACAGAAAAAAAGAAAGAAAGAAAGAGAAAAGGAAUAAAAAGAGGAACGGGAGAAGAAGGAAAAGUGUAACUUUUAUGUUGAAACAUAACAGUACAAGACGCGAGAAGACUUUCAAAGUACUCAUUUUAGGAUAGGCGUAUGUGGAAGCCAAUCGACGGCUUUAUUACCAAAUAAAGUGUUUCCGCUUGAUCAUCACGAUCGCAACACUGAAUAAUAGUAGUUAGAUAAGAUGUAAUAACUGUGGGUGUUUAACGUCGUAGUCAUGAUAUCGUUGGUUAAGAAUCAGCAAUCAAAAUUACUGUUAUCGAACGGCAUUUUCUCUAUUCUCUUAAUAAUUUUUUUUUAUUUUCUUUUUGUUUUAUUCGUUGUGUAUUCUGAGAAGCACUUGGAAUCACCUCCCGUGCGUUCUCAACGUGAGAUAUAUACAUAAUUAUAUAUAUAUAUAUACUUAUAUAUUGUCUCUUUUACAUUAGCACUUGUAAUUAUAAAUAGCUUAAAUGUGAGGAGAAAUCGAAUAAUAUUAAUCGAUUAUAUUUGUGAUAGCUGUAUUGAACAUCCAUAGUUAUAUAGUGAUGUAGAGAUACGUCUUUGUACAUUAUUCUAGAAUACAUCUUUGUACAAUAUAAACGAGAUCAAGUUAAAAUGGGUGCGAAGAGACGAAUGGACAAAAGAUAGCGGUUAGAAUGACUGAAUUGUUCCUUGAUCGGAGACACGCUGCUUCUACUCUAUCUCUAAUUCAGAUUUUGUAUUGGAGAUAUAUUUUAAAGAUCAUUAGCAAGGCUGAUGGCUAAAUUAUCAUGCUUUCUUUGACGGUAGAAGUGUUUACCCGGUUAUCAAAAUGACCGCGUUAUGUUAUUUACGUGUGCCACACAAGAGAAAGAGCAGGAAAAUAUAUCAUUGCUAAUAUAUAUAAUUAUUAAUAUUAUUUUUACAAUCACAUUAUUACGAUCAUUAUUAUUACAUUGAUAUGCAAUUAAUAUUAUUAUUAUUACCAUUAUUAUAUUCAGGGAUCUUUAUUAUCUAGUUAUUAUCACUAAUUAUCGUUGUUAUGAAGAAUCACCAAGCAUAAUAUCAUUGACGCGCCUAUGCGCGAUCAUAACGUUACACAUGCCUUUCACAAUGGGAAAUUUUUUAAGGAGAGAACGAGAGUCAUAUAUAGAAAGAGAGUAAGUUUCAUGGAGCUUCAUUUGACGACGAUUGGUCGUGAGUCUACGGCGGUUUUUAUCAAAUUCGCUCAUAAUCUCUCCAGUCGUUUGGAGGGUUAUUUGAAUUUUUUUGGAAUUACUUGUAUAAAACGAGGGUUAGCAUUCAAAUUCAGUUCUCUUUUUUGCCCGUUAUAUUUUUGCUUAUUCUUAUAUACAUGGUAUUAAAAUUUAGGUGGCAAAAAAGGUAAUACGUACGUAUUUUUCUAAUUAUAAAAUUAUUUCCUCAAGACAGAAAUGGUAAAAGCCGUGUGUGGAUCUCGUUACAUCGCGUGACUAUCGUCAUGGGUCUAGAGUGCAAUAAAGUCAGGACGCGCAGUUUAUCUUCCUUCUCAAUAACCAGAUAAUGUCGUCCCUUUGCUCUCCCUUGAUUGUCCUUAUAUUUUGCUCGUAAGCUACUUGAGUUUUUCUCUCUUUAUUCUUUCUGCAUUUAAAUCUGUGGAAAACAAUUUGCGGCUCGAUCUCGCACUCGCUACUCUUCCUCACGCUUAUCUAAUUAUCUGUCGCUUUCUUGAUUGAUUAACGUAAUAAAAAAGAAGCGGAUAACAAUUUUUUUUCGUGCUCUGUCUGGACAGUCGCGCCCUAUUUGAUUUUUUAGCUAAUUAUUUUGUUUUCUUAAAAAUUGUUUUGAGAAAGUUAUUUAAUACUACCCGGAAUUUUUAUUACAGAAAAUACUAAUACGUCUAAAAAAACCCAUUGUAAAUUAUGUUUGUAAAUUAUAUAUCACAGAGAUUUAUUAUAUAUUUGUAGCAGCGUUGCGUUAUUAUUACAAACAUGUUAUGCACCGCAAUGUCGCACUGAAAAAAUUCUUUAAUGUUCCUGCAGUCUUGUUGCCGUAAGAUUGAUGGAACGUUUUGUGUACGGGAAUUAAUAUCCAAAAAUGAUUGUCGCUGCCGUUUUCUGGAUAGUCUCGAAAACGUUACGUAAAAUAUUUCUUCGGAAAAGUCCUUCGGUCUGUUUUCCCUUUUUCGUCUAAAAACACAAUUCGAAUAGCACAUAACGUUCCAACAAUAUUGCAGCAACAUAGCUGGAACGUUGCUGCAAUACUCUGUGCUGUAUGAGAAAAGUUAGUAGAUGGAAAGUUUCCGUAAAAAAAUUGCAGAAACAUCUGAAGUUUUACUUCGCAGAAAAUUUGUAUUGCGCGCCGCGUCAUGUGUGUACGUCAACAUUUCGAAUUCGGUAAGAUUAUAAAAAAGGCUAUUCCUCCCGCGAUGCCGACGUUUUUCUUCGUUUUUAUUUUCGUCGAGGCCAACGAGCUUUCCCGUUUAACUGUGAUAUUCGCGUUACGGAUUCCGCUGUCGCUGGAAUCAAUCCGUAGAAUUAAUGUUUCCUUCUAUCUUCCCCCCCCCCCCCUUUCGUUGUUGAACGCGCGCGCUGAGGAAACUGCGGUGAUGUUGAAACAUCCGUCGAUCCACAGAUGUGUCUCUUAAAGUCUCCGCAUUGACCCAACUUCUUCAACUUGAGACAAAUUAGGAUAAUUUUCGUAAGGCGUUUCCCUUCGCAUUGUGCCGCCCAAUUUUGUCCCGAUUUCUCCUUUUCCUUCCGUUCUUUAUGUCAGAUUCCAAACCAUCAUCCCGCUUCUUCUCCAAUCAAUCACUAACAAUUGUGUAACUCCUGCUAUAUUUGGUGUCGCAAAGUUACCCCGAGACCCUCCAAUCGUGCCGGCGCGAUGGACGUAGGAAGGUUUUAAGAUAUUUUCGCUUCAUCGAAAAGAGAUACGAAGAGAAAGAAAGAGAAAAAAAAAGAAGAACGAAAAGCGUCAGGUAUUUUUUUGUAUGCGCUGCCGGAUUAUGAAGUUUCAUACUUUUUCGAGCAUUUUCCUUUGUACAUAUGUAAUCACCGCGAUUCGCCGUGGCGGUAGAAUCGUAGUCUCAGGGUUGCAAGCAAGCAAACACGAUACAAACGUAGGCACACUGAAAUAGUUAAGCGUGCGAGUAUAUCUCUGUCAAAACAUUGUAAGAGUAGUAUGUAAAACGAUAGAUUUACACGAGGGGAAAGAAUAGAGCGUUGUGACAAAAAUGCGAUACGUUGCGUAACACAGGGGAAGAUUGUGGAGACGGCGGACAUUUAUCGCGGAGAUGAAAGAGAGGCAAACGUGGACGGGGGGGAUCCCAAGCAGAGCGAAAACUCACGCAAAAGUAAAGAUGACAUCAAAAAGCAAACCUCUCCAGAAAGUUGGGAAACAUUUCUCGAAAGUUUAACGUUUUUAAUGAAACACAACUUGACUUUUUGCGACUGUACUUUGAUUGGACUCUUCAAUGACUUUCGCCGAGAAAACGCAAAUCUCUCGUGCACGCGAAAUGAUUAAAAUCUCGCAGAAAUUAUAUUUUACGAAUGUGUGAAAACAUUUGAAGCAUUGAAAAUUCUGAUUUUCUAUUCGCAAAACACAAAAUAAAAGCUUAAGGAUACAAAUCUAACGAAAUACUGAAUACCGUGCUGUAUCGUACAAAUUAUAUUCUUAUUGUAAUAGUAUCAGUUUUGUUAAAAAGUG